UUCGUGUUGAGCAGUCGGCGAACAUGUCUACAGAAGGAUAUUACGGGAUUCAGCGUGUGUAAAAUUUUCCAAGUCGAAAACCGUGAUACAGUUGGAAAGUGCUUUGAUUGUGAAAGUGAAAAAUUCUAGUGUCAUAGUGGGUUAUGAAUAAAAUUAUUUAAAAUGGUGCCACAACAAGGCGACAUUAUCAGAUCUGACAGCCCGACUUCUAGCGGGCUUCCUGUGUUCGGUUCUCAGUUAGUGGAUAAAAACUCGUCAACUCCGUACUCCGAUGCGACUCAGACUAAGAAGAACAACCCUAACCACAUCAAGCGACCGAUGAACGCGUUCAUGGUGUGGUCGCAGAUCGAGCGUCGCAAGAUCUGUGAACUCCAGCCCGACAUGCACAACGCCGAGAUCUCCAAGAGGCUGGGGAGGCGGUGGAAGAUGCUAUCGGAGGAGGAGAGACAACCGUUCAUCGAGGAGGCUGAGAGACUAAGGCUGAUGCACUUGCAAGAGUACCCCGACUACAAAUACAGACCUAGGAAGAAGACUGUCAAACCCGCUCCCAAGGUCUCCCCGUCCAGGCCGAAGAAGCCCAAGAAGUCUUCCCCUCAUCAAGUCGCCAUCGAGAGAAACGAUACCAACAACAACUCCCACAACGAAGUGAAGAAAACGGAGACAUUGAUCAGGCGCAACGGAAUCAUCCAGACUAGCACGCUGAGUCCUGUAAACCACAGCAAACUGAAGGUCCGACUGACCAUAGACCGCAAGCUGAAAGACAGCAUGCGGCAGAGUCACGGUCGUCAGUUCACGACGUCGCCGCCCACGGUGCACGCCAAGGUGCCGAGCAGUCCGUCGUGCGACACACCGGACUCGCCCGAGUCAGCCACCUUCUACGACGAGAGGGAACCGGAGAUGAGGAAAAUCAAAGUGUUAGAAAGAAGAGUUUUGCCUCCGAUGAACGCCGAGUUCACGGAACUCACCCUAGGACCCGUAAUUACCAUUAAAUCCGAGCCGGAGGAUAUGACUCAGGAGUUCCUCAUCAAACCCGACCCGCUGCAAGAGACGUUCCUGAUAAAGCAGGAGCCCAUGGACUGCGAGUCAGAGCUGGCGGCCACGGGACACACCGGAGACAACCCCAGUCUCGCGGACCUGGACUCUCUGACGGACCUGCUGCAGAUACCCUCGGACUUCAAGGUGGACCUGGACACUCUGACCACGGACAUCGACACGUUCGACACGACCAGCUCCAGCUCCGGGUCCCACUUCGAGUUCUCCUGCGCGCCCGACGUGUCCGACAUGUUGUGUACCAUCGGCGUCAACAGCGGCUGGGCAGAGGAGACUACAUUCGCGGAUCUCAUCAACUGUUGAAACAGACUUGUUAUUCGAUGUCGACUGAACGUGGGAUGUGUGUCACGAUUUCUGUUAGGCUUUUCGUCUAGAGAUAGUUUGCGUAACUGGCCACUCCGAACUCGCGGCAGCAGUAAGAUUCGAUGUUAUUAUUUUUAUGUGUAAAAUAAUCUAGUUAAGUUUAGUUAUACGAGAGGAACAGCUGCGUCCGAAUUAAGUCCGUGUUUCGCCACAGUUUACUAUAGGCACAGCUCCCUGGAGCAUUGAUCUCAAGUCUUAUUGUCUGGGCCUUAUUAUGUCUAAAGGCUCGAAUGUGUCAUUUGAGAUCCUUCUUUACUGUAAGUCGUUUUAAAAUUGUUUACAUAGUACUCGAUAAAUGUGCAGUAGAUCUUUACAUUUGUAUGUAGUUGUAAGAGUCAUCGACUCUAUGCAUUUGUUUUUAAAACUGACUAAUUGUUGACUUUUUGUACAGCGUAUGCGAUAUGUAUUUUCAAAUUGUAUGCUAUUGCCUUUUUUGCUGUAGAUGUAAUGUGGCAAGGAGUUAUCCCGGUAAUCGUUAAUAUGUUUCCUUAAAAUUGCCAAUCAAUUUACGCUAUUUAAGGCCCAGGAAUAAUAUGUCAGGCUGUGAUACACAUUUUCAGUAACCGACCAAUAAUUUUCAAGGGCAGUCAAUAUGAUAAUUAUAGAUCGCAUUUUAAGUUAGGGGGCAUUUUAGAUAGUUACUGGACUGACUUAAGUUUCAAGAUAAUGUGUUUUAAUGCUUUCGCUUUUUCGAUGUCUUAACAAAUUUCUUUUUCUGUCGGGAACAUUUGGUUAACAAAGUAAUACUUUCGUAGCAGUGUGAUUUUCAGGCUGUUCCUUAUUUAAAUUGUAUGGUUUAUUAGUUUUAAUUUCAAUAUUUUCUCAAUCGUACCAGCUAUUUUCAUUGUAAAGCUGUUUAUAGUAUGAUUUGUAAAAAAUGUUAAUAUUAUGUGCACAUCAAAACUGCUCAGUAUUAUUGAUUGUUAAAUAAUGCAUAUUCGUAAUAAUAGUUUUCCGCUUUUUCUAGGACUCCCUCUACUUAAAGUUAUGUUUGCAAACCUAUUUGUUUUCAUGCCCCCUUUGGCGAAUACUUUCGGGAUAUUUAACAUUUAUGUUAAGCAGUUCUUUUUACUCAGUUCUUUAAUAAAUCGCUGUUAUUCGCUGUUCUUGUGUAGAUCACAUUACAAUCUAGCAUUUGGCCUAACUUGUACGAACUCGUCUAUGAACGACUCUUCUGUCCUUCUUGUUCUCUAAGCUUGUAAUCCGUUCACGCUUAACUUGUUUAUAUGUACAUUAUAAGUUCUAUAAAACGGCUUGUAUGGCAAAUCACGGUUUGUUCCUGUUUACCAGCCUUACCCGACAGUUCUGCCAACUACCAAGCGACUACUGACGGACAUUUUAUUUAUUUACACGUCUUCCAAAUUGAGUUACUUUGUGAUAUGUUUACCAAAUAUCGAGGAAUGGAGAAACUGACAUAGCCUAAACACUUCGGUGAAUUGUUCAAAUUAUUCCUAAAAGAUUAUUUUUGUACAUAAGCUAAAUAAGUGUAUCGUCGACAUAGGGGUGGGCCGACAUUCGGUACGUGUUUUUAGACUUAUCCUAUCCUAGUGCAAUACCGUUACCCACUAGACUCGUAGCUUCGAACUAGAGGUGUCUAUACAGCUGUUCAUCGUCAUUUCCCUCCGUUUCUACAUUACUUUCCCGCCAGUUUGAGUUGAGAGUCACACUGUGUCCCAGCCAUUGUAGCCGGCGAUGUCUAGUCGCUUGAAAUCUCCACCGGACGAUCCCCGGACCCCGAUUCUUUCAUCCGUACUUAGCCUAGGCUAGUCGUGCCACGGUAGUCAACGCCUUAACGGCAUCAAGCCGGGUUUCUUUCGCUUCUUUCUAGUGUAGUUUUGUCGGAGUAGCAAUAUUUUUGCACAUAUGAAGAUUUGUAAAAACAAAGUUUAUUUCUCGCUCGAUCCUACUUAUUUGUAAAACGGCCCGUGUAUAAUAUUCACUUUAUAUAUAUAAAUAGUUAUAUUAUUGUAAGAUUGUACAUUUUGUAUUGUAGUUUUGUUUAUACAUUAUGAAAUAUUAUAAUGGUGAAUAAACCAUGAUUUUUUUUUAA